AUGCCUCUCCACGCCCGCGCACCGGCGCUCCACCGCUCCUCCCACCUUCUCCCCACCGCCACCGCUCGGCUCCGCCCGUGCGCAGCGCCAGCGGCCAAACCCCGCCGCCGCACCCUCUCCUCCCUCGUCCGUGCCUCCAACUCCGACCCUCCGCAGCAGCAGCAGGUCAACCUCUCCGUCCUACGCUUCACCCUCGGGAUCCCGGGGCUGGACGAGUCGUACCUCCCGCGGUGGAUAGGCCUCGGUUUCGGCGCGCUCGUGGUCCUCAACCACCUCCUCUCCCCGUCCCCCACGCCCGCGCAGCUCAGGUCCGAGGCUCUGGGGCUGUGCCUGGCCGCGUUCUCGGCGACGCUGCCUUUCCUCGGGAGGUUCCUUGAGGGCGCUGAUGCUGCCAGCCGAGUGCCGUUGCCCGAGGGGAGCAGCCAGGUCAUAGCAAUUGGGGAUCUCUUCUGCGUACGAGGAUACUGGAAUCCACCUGCAAAUACUUCAAAAUAUGCCAUGAUUGAGUGGUUCAAAAGUCAGAUGCAACAAGUAGGACUUGUUGAUUUGAAGGAUGCUUUGUACUUCCCUAAUUCCUCAGAUUCUCAGCUUGUGAAGAUUCUGCCAGAUGGGAUUCUUUCUGUGUUAGCUCAACCAAUUCUGAGUCCUGAUCCAGCUAAUAAUGAAACAAAAACUGAAGGUGUCAUCCUGUUGGCCUCCAAUGCAAAUUAUGCAUAUAGCAAGAAAGAUAGGGCCUGGAUAAGAACAGCUGCAAACAAAUUUCAACGUGCUUAA